AUGCUGGUUGUUGAUUCUUUGGUGCCAGAUGGACCUGCAGACAAACAUCUGGAACCUGGUGACGUGCUGAUUCGCAUGAACGGGGAGAUUGUAACACAAUUUCUCACUAUGGAGUCAUUAAUUGAUGAGAGCGUUGGCAGGGAGAUAAAUUUGCAGAUCGAAAGAGGUGGAGCCCCUUUAACAGUAAAGCUGAAGGUAGGGGAUUUGCACUCCAUAACUCCAAAUCAUUUCCUGGAAGUUAGUGGUGCUGUCAUCCAUCCACUUUCAUACCAGCAGCAUCCUGUCCUUGGAGAGGAUCAAGGCCUUGCUAACCAGUAG